GACGGGCGUGAGAGUGAGUCCACCAGGCCAGCGUUACCAAGUCACAUGGAAAACGUUGCCUGACUUCACCUACCGUCGCCUGACUACACCUAGCGUCACCUGGUUACACUUACUGUGGUGUUAAGAGUUUCAUCUGGAGUCGCCUGGACACGGAUCACGUGGCUCCUGCGCUGUACGUCUCCCUAUAAGCGGAAACGAGUGGUAGUGUCACAAAUUAUUGCCACAAAAAUAAUUGCCAACAAGAACCUACGUACAGCAGCCCGGUAAUGCUUUGGUGACCUGUCGGUGUUAUUGUUUAAUAUCAGAUAUUCGUCGUGACAUUAGUUGUUGCAAGUUGAUUGGAAGUUUGUGUUGACGAACUUAGAGGACUGUCAAGGAACUUGUCACUGAACCUCCACCUUAGGUAUUGUGGCAUGUUGACGGUGGCGGGGCAAGGAUGGCCGUGUUAGGCAGCCCGUGGAGGGUCAGACCCGGGUCCUGCUGGCCCUGCCCCAACCGGGAAGAGGUCACCAGGUAACUAUGGCGGGAAUAGCCACUCAAGCUUAACCUGAACGCCGCCAGUGUAGACGAGAAGCAUUAAACAGUGAUUCAUCAACUCGUGUGUUCCGAGGCUGAGUCUUAAGUCUAUACACUCACACCUCAACUACAAGACUUGAAACAAAGCGAGGGUGUUGAGGCCUCCACAGUGCCCUCGUCGUGAUUGCAAUAUCAAAUAGCGCUCUCUACCUCCCGCGAGAGGUAUUGUCGCUUUGGUCUGUGUUCCGUGAAGCAUGGCGUGGGUGAGCAAUCAAGAGUGUUAGAGUGAGAGGUGUGGUAGUGAGAGCGACGAGCGCUGCCCCUCGCGUGUCGCCGCCACCAUGGACGACUACCACGACAAGAGGUUCAUCCGGUCCCUCAGGGUCCAGCCUUCCAGUCGGACCCAGGAGGACCUGGAGAUGAUCUAUGGGUGCCUGCGGGGCAUGGAGGCACUGUGCUGGCUGCGGGAGCCCGCCCUCCGUGCCCUAUGCCACACCGUCAGGUACCAGAUCCACUAUGCCAACGACAUCCUUUAUUGCCGCGGGGAGCUGGCCACCUGCUGGUACAUCCUGCUCUCCGGCUCUGUCUUCAUUGAUGGCUCCAUGUAUCUCCCGAGGUCCAGGUGA